GGCUCCUAGCCGUAGCCCAAGUUAGUUAGAAAGUCCGCGCUACAAACCUUCCAGAGCCAUGAUGCGUGCAGCUGCACAGAUCUCUCGCUUCGGCGCCAGGAACGCCUCCAUCACGCCAAAGGUGUCGUUCAAUAACAUUGCGCGGGAGUGGCGCUGCAAGUGGUCGGCGGACAACGACAAGGCCUCCCUGGACGCGGCGCAGACGCUGCUGGAGGAGUUGCUGCCCAAGGUGAAGUCAGCGUCCGGCGCCAGCAGCGUGCAGCGGGUGGUCUGCGGGGGCUGUCUGGACUUCAAGGUGGUGGUGAAGCUGCCGGCCGAGAAGUUCGGCGCCUGGAAGGAGGCGAACUUCGAGCCUGAGGAAGCCUUCCUCGGAAAGCUGAAGGGAAUCGAUGGGAUUUCCACCAUCGAGACCCAGACCUACACGCUGGAGGAGGUGUGACCGGGGAAGCUCAGCUCUAUGGAAGGUGCCGGGCGAUCUUUCCGUCGCCGUCGUUCCCAGUAGUUUUGAACCGUAUGAGAUACUGUGGAAGGUUGCAAAAUCCGAACUCGCACCACGGUU